AUUUGGCGGGAAAUUCACUCCUAUUGCAUCACUCAGCACUCUAGUUGAUUAGGUGGUUCACACCGUGGUUUAAUCUUCGUUAGUCGGUUUGUCAAUAUUCAAUUCAGCGACAGUGUAGUGCUUUGCCUUUAAAGUUUCUUGGUGUAUCCUUUAGUAUUCAAGAAUCAUGGAGAAGAAGAGGAGGAGAUCCGAUGAAGUAUGUGAAGCAAGUACGUCUGAUACGGUCUCUAAGAAGAACAAGAUGGCGAGUAAGAUCAGUCUGACGGUUGGUAUUCCUAACCCUGAAAGCAUCUGUUUCAUGAGCUCCGUUAUACAGGUUUUGGCUAAUGUGAAAAGCUAUCGUGACGUGAUUCUUGCUAUACCGACCGAGUCCUCAUUCGACAGUGACAAGAUUCUAGCUCUUCAGCUCAUGUUAACUGCUUUGCUUAACCAGGUCGGAGAAGAUGAGAUAUCGGAGUGUAUGAGUAACUUUUGCAAGGUUUGGCAAAAGAAUAUUAACCACGAAGGUGACUGUGCGGAGUUCCUCAUGGAGAUCUUAUCUUCUCUGGAGGAUUACCUGAAGAAUACUGCUCUCGAGGAAUCCUUUGAAAGGUUGGUAUACUGUACUGGUGAAGCUGGGGGGAAGGAGUCUUUUAUAUACCUUAACCCCGGCGGACAGGACACCAAGUUGGAGCAGGAAAUUCAUGAUACUUUCAAGAAGCUCGCUUCAAACCUGAUCUUCUCUAUUAACCGUGUAGCGGACACUGGUGAACGAGAAAUCAGAAAAAUGCAGUUCACGACAGAUCUCAACUCGAAGGUUUUAAAUAAACUGUCUGCAUCGACGAUGCAUAAGUUCUCUAGCUUCUACAAACUUACUGCAGUGAUAGUACACAAAUUCAAGUUAAACAAACCCCACUACGUGGUGUUUGUUAAGUCUGGAUCGAGCUGGAUUCUACACGAUGACGAGAUGAUCACGAAAACGAGUCAAAAAGCAGUACUAGAGACUUGCGGGAACUCGGGUGGCGUGGAAGAUCAGCCACUAGCUACCAUGUUGAUAUAUACUUCUCUCGAGAAUACCUCCGAUUACUGUAUCCCUCCACAUCUAACUGAGAGGUAUUAUAAGUUGUUCUUGCACCCAAAGCGAGAAGUGAUGCUGACCGUCAGUGUUAUCACUGGAGAUUUCUUCAGCUCUUCUCACAGAUUAGCGGAAGAGAGCAAUGUAGAGGUUUCUCAUUUCGAGAUCUUCGAGGAGGAUAUGGAGAAGGAGGUUCGGCAGUACCUGGCCCCUUUGUUUGCCUUUAGCCUCCCAUCCUUCCAACUCCGCACUACCUGUUCUGGGUACGGUGGUGAGAUGAAGGUGGAGAGUCGUCAGAUUAGCUUAAGUGACACGUUCUCUUCUCUUGCUAGUGGAUCAAGAUCUCUGAGGCUCCUACAUUUUGGAGGUUUGGAGUUGUCAGACGUAGAGCCAAGAGAACAGUUGACCAGUAUUUGUAUCAAAACCUUCAGGAAUAGCUCUUUCUUCAGCGACUUCUACUUUUCUCGGAUGUCAGGCGAAACUGUCGCCAGCUGGGCUAUAGACAGCGGAAUUAGGAAGUAUACCCCCUUUCUUGUAAACGGUGAAACGGUACUGAAGCUUGAAGAACAUGCUCUGCUAUCCGCUCUCUCCCAGGACGGAUGUAUUGCGGUUCUCGUCUAUGAUUUAUCCGGAAACCUGGAGGAGUACCUCACAAGUCUCUUCAACACGGUGAGGAUCCAGUUAAUUUCGGAGAAGGGAGAAUGUAGAAUCGAGGUCAACUGCGACGCUUCUUCUGAGCAGGUUUAUGUGGAGGUGGGGAGACUACUCAACCAUGCCUCAAGCAAGAUUCAGAUCCGGACCGUUGACUGUGCUGGGGUUCCAGGACCACCUAUACCAUCUACCGAAGAUCUGAAACCUCUUCUCGAGAAUCUUCAUGCAUACAGACAGCCCAGAAUUCUGAGAGUCAGACUACUUGAGAUGGAACUUGUGGAGUAUGAGAAGCUUUCCGACGUUACUGUGACGCUCUGUCGUCUAGAUUUAAACAAGCCGAGACAGAUAAACCUCAAGAUAAAUCUGUCUUCCAACCCUCCUCUUCAAUGUCUCCUGGAGAAGAUAGACCCUGUGGAAAUCCCCGCUUCGGACGAAGUGAAAUGGGAGUUUUGUUAUCUGAACGCAGGAAAAGUUACAUCUAUUCUGGACCUAUCUACGGCUGUUAAAUCCCAUUUAGAUGAGGUGUUAGGAUUGAUCGAGGUCCCGAUCUCCGGUAGGGUUUUUUCCUUCUUCACAUACCAAGAAACCCCUAUGAACAGAGUAGGCAACCCAGGGAUAGUAGCGGUGUCUCUCUGCUCCAACGACAUUGAGAAAUCACUAGAGGAGGUUAUCGAAGGAGAAAUUCUGGAUAUCAGCGAGUUUCAGUUUUCUAUGAUGAAGAACUCUAGUUUCGACGUCUCAACAUUCUUGCAGGAAUGUUGCCUAGCGGAGGGGCCGAGGCCUGCCAUCUUUAAAACUUGUAUUGGAGUCAAGUUGGGAGACAUGUAAGCUGGCCAGAUCUAUAUAAACGUAUAACUCAACAUGUAACUCAGAAUCUCAUUUAAAGGCCAUUUAUCAGAUCUCUCUAUAGAUAUUCCUGAGAUGUAAAAACAUGUAACUCUCCAGAAUAUCAGUUUUAAAGGCCAUUUAUCAGAUCUCUCCAGCAUCUCAGUUUUUAAGGCCAUUUAUCAGAUCUCUCUAUGUAUAUUCCUGAGCUGUUUGUGUAUUUGUUGUUGCCCUUAUCUUUCUAGUUCUUAUAACGAAACAAUUGUCAGAAAAUUAAACUUAAAGCUGUGAUGUGAACUUAUCAAGUGAUAAUUGGUCAAUGCAACUAAAAUGUGACAUAAAGAUACCCAAAGAAAAUUAAAAGUAUAUUUAGCUAUAAAUAAAGAGUAAAACGACAA